AUGAAAGUGAUGAUGAUAACGGGUGUCAGUGGAGUCUUGUCGACGAUUGCAGUGGCGACUGCAAUUGCUAUCAGAAUGAUUUUUUUGUCGAAGCUCAACAAGUCCCUCCUCUACGCCGUGGAAAACAUGCAAAAUGCCGGACAAAUUCUGAAGAAACGAGUUCUCGAACCCUCUGUUCUCGCCGUGAUUGCAAACGAACGGACUGGAAUAACUGAUAAGGAGAUCUGCGACGAGUACGAGAACUGCAUGAAGAAGCCCAUCAAGCUGUGUGCCGAUCUCUUUGGAAUCGAUCAGGUCACCACGGAUUUUGUGAAAAAAUUCGACUCGAAAUUAUUGUCGGCUGAUAAGAAGAGCAAGAAGAAACCGGGCAAACCAGGCAAAAAGUCGAAAAAGUGA